AUGAAUCUAUCAUUUGGAUGCAACAAUCUCUCUAACUCGCCUCCUCGAAAAAAGAAAGGAGUCAAGUUUGCGGACGAAGAAGAAGUCCACGACGUUCUACGACGCCGAAGUCAGAUAUCCCGAGAGUCAAUGCAUGGUAUUUGGUUUGACGGCGAGGACUUUGAAUCCUUUAUCGAGGACAUGGAAAAGAGCAUCAAGAGACUGGAAAAAGGAAAAGUACUGAAGGAUAAGAAAUACUCAUCUCUGGGUUUGGAAUGCCAAACCCAAGAAGGCAGUGCUCUCCGUCAAUGCCAAAAAGAAUAUGCCUGGGACAUGGUUUUGUGGGAACAAGAGCAGCAACAAAAAGAAGGCAGGAGAUCCUCCAUGCAACUCGCCGAAGCGUACCGCGAGGCUUCGCGAGAUGCUGAAGUUCGUGCUGUCAAAUCGGCUAGACAGGUAUCGGAUGAAGCCCUAGAGGAUUACACGAAAAGCGGUUUGUUGAAUCGAUUGGAAGAGGAAGGAUCCAGUUCCACGUUCAUGUCCCUGUCCGAUGUCGACGGGCCUGAAGUACAUACGGAGUUGCCCCGGACCAAGCCAGUCCGCGUUCGUUUUGCGGAAGAGCCAGUGGUCCAUACAGUUAUCCGACGUCGUAGUCAGAUAUCUCGUCAGUCUUUGGAAGGCAUUUGGUUUGGCUGCGAGGACUUUGAAGCCUUCAUGGACGAGGUGGAAGAGUCCGUCGACAAGAUGGAACAUGGGGAGCAAUUACAGGAAAAGGAAGAGACGUCACUAGGGUUGGAAGCGCUAACAGAAGAGGCAAAUGACCAGCGCCACAAAAAUCAAGAAGACGCCUGGGAUACGGUAUUGGGUGAACAAGACGAUCAACAGAGAGAAGGUGUAACAUCUCCCUUUCAAAUCGCCAGAGCCUACCGAAAGGUUUCGAGUGAUGCUAUUAUGAAUGCAAUUGCACAAGCCAGAAAAGUAUCAGAGGAAGUACAAGAAGACAAGUGCGCGGAUGACGAAAAGGAUCUCCUGUUGAAAUAG